AUGAGAUUGAGCUACUUCUCGUGGGCCUUGCUCUCAAUAUCAGCAUCCGCACAAGCUGAAGGCAACGGCUGGGGAGUAAUCGGCGUCAAUAAGGCGGGAUCUGGGUCUGACGAAGCUGUCCGGGUCUUUGAAGACGCUGGAUAUAGUCCCAAUGCGAGCGACGUGGUCACCUUCACCCAAAACUUCAACAACACAGCCGAAGAAUGGACUUGGCGGAUCAAUGUCAGUGAAAUUGCUGUCCCAGAUAACUCUCAAGACCUUGGUCUUGAAAGGGCAAACUUCUCAGAGGGGCUGCAUGUCGCACAUACGCAAUGGCAAUUGGUCUGGCCAGGCGAAGAAGACGAUCUCCUAUCAUUCGUAAAGUCGCGGAGCGUCGACAGUGCUAGGUUCAGCGCCUUCAUGGCAACCGUCUACUCGAACAUUACGGACCGUUUUGAAGACUCGGACGACGGAGACUGUACACCUAUGCUUGGAGAGAGGUGCGUUGAGUCGAUCCGAAACAGAGCAGUCAAUGGUGAAGAUGAAAUGGCCUGGAGUAAUUUGGAGGGCUGUGAGAGUACAUUCGAUGCCAGAGAUCAGAGUACAAGUCGCGGUAUCAGCUUUUCAAUGAAUGCAGAUGAUGAAGGGCUGGUUGAGUGGCCGCGCAAUGGUACGUUGGUGUUUGCAACAAGUGCAGCUUACGGACCUGGCGAGACGGCCGCGUACAAUCAGGCGAUUCACGCGUUGCACAUUCUUGUUAUGAACUACAAAUAUGGCCAAGGUCCAGUGGUCGGGGCUUCCAAUGCCACCGUUGUGUGUCGAGUUGUUGAAAAAGCUGCUGGGGCUGACAAUCCAGAACAAGGCCCAGGAGAGGAUUCGGCAGCAGUGAUCUGGCAGCAGUCGCUGUGGACUAUUACUGGCCUGACGACGUUAGUAACUCUCUUUGUCAUGUGGUAA